GCCGGCGCCCAUAGGCGGGCGCCCCCUCCCAGGCUCCGAUCUCCAAUCUCCGAUCCCGGCCGUGGCCGUGGCCGUGGCCGCUGCGUUCCGAGCCGCAGCCGCAGCCCAGCCAGAGCCGGCGGCGCCAUGGCGUGCGCGGGGCUGCUCACCGUGUGCCUGGUCCGGCAGCCCGCGCCCCGGCCCCCGCGGGCGCCCUCGCCCGCCUCCGGCCCCGCGGGACACGCGCUCUUCCAGGACGUUUUCCGCAGAGCAGACAAGAAUGACGAUGGUAAGCUCUCCUUUGAGGAAUUCCAGAAUUACUUUGCGGAUGGGGUUCUCAGCGCCCGCGAGCUUCGGGAGCUGUUCGGCGGCAUCGACGGGCGCUCUGCUGACAACUUGGAAACCGAGAAACUGUGUGACUACUUCUCGGAGCACCUGGGUGUCUACCGGCCUGUGCUGGCCGCGCUGGAGUCCCUGAACCGGGCAGUGCUCACCGCCAUGGACGCCACCAAGCUGGAGUAUGAGAGGGCCUCCAAGGUGGACCAGUUUGUGACUCGCUUCCUCCUGCGGGAGACGGUGAGCCAGCUCCAAGCCCUGCAGAGCUCGCUGGAGGGGGCGUCAGACACCCUGGAGGCCCAGGCCCAGACCCGUGUGCCGAGGUCAGACGAAGCGCGAGUGGAGGUGCAGAGCAGGCCCCGUGGCGGCCGGCGGGCGGGGCGCAGGGCCUUGCGGAGCGUCAGCCGGUCGCCCACCUGGUCUCCUGGCUCCUCUGACACAGGGCCGAGCUCGGAGGCCGAGAGGCAGUGGCGGCUCCAGGUGAACCGUCUCCAGGAGCUCAUCGACCAGCUCGAGUGCAAGGUGAGCAGCGGUGGACUUUCCUGGCAUCGGCCCAAGACAGGCGCCGGCGGGUGCCUGACCCACACCCUGUGUCCCUCACAGGCCCCCCUCCUGGAGCCCCUGCAUGAAGAGGAUCUUACCAAGGGACCCAGCUCGCGCAUCCUCGUGUCCCAGAGGCAGGUCCAGGUGGCGGAAGAAGCCCUGCAGGACUUCUCCCGGGCCCUGCACUGCUACGUGGACUUCACAGGGGCCCAGAGCCACUGCCUGCAUGUGUCUGCUCAGAAGAUGCUAGACAACGCCUCCUUCACGCUGUACGAGUUCUGGCGGGACGAGGCCUCCUGGAGAAGGCACCAGCAGUCCGCCUGCAGUAAGGCCUUCCAGCGCAUCCUCACUGACCAGCUGCGGGCUCCGGACACCCUCUCCACUGUGUUCUUCCCAGCCUCCUGGUGGAUUAUGAACAAUAACUGAUCCUGGCCUGCAUUAGUCAAGGACCCUGUGGCCCUGCCUGCCUCCUCCUGGAGCUUCUGGAUGGUCCAUUCAGCAUCGAGACCAAGGAUGCUGCUGCUCCCAGACCUGGAGUCUGGCUCUGAGAGGCCUCCCAGACCUGCUGGUGCAGAGUCUUCAGUCCAGGGAUCAGGACUGGUCCGCUUGCUUUCUGUUUCUUUAUCGGUGUAUUUUAUUGUUUGUAGCUUUGGUCUCUGAGGCACUCUGGCCUCUGACUCCGAAGGCCUGGGUUCUGGUCCUCUCUGCCUCUGCCUGUGUGUGACCAGGGCAGAUCCCUUCCUUCCCUUUCCGCGCGAGCCUUGGACUGCCUGGCUGCCCUGUGGGUGCCCGCUUCCUUCCCGCUAUCUUGGGGCCAAGUUCUGCUCUUCCUCAACCAGCAACAGAACCAGGGCUGAUGCUCAGGGACCCCCAUCUCCGCCCCAAACCUUGACCCCUGAGGCUGAGCUGGGUCUGUCUACAUCGUGGGGUAAGGACCUGGAUGUCCCCACCACCCUCCUGGGCUGCGAGCUUCUGACUCUUCAGCACCCUCCACUGCACCAGCGACAUCUGGAAGAUCCUGGGUUGGUUUGCAUGUCAUUUGCACAUGAUUUGCAUGUCCAUGCCCAACCAAACUCAGGACACUACGGGAAGCCCGGCGGUGACCUUGCCCAGUAGCAAUAAUUUGGGGCUGGAGUCGCCUGCUGUCCCCAGAUGUCUCUGAACCCGAACCGCAGCAGAGAGACAAUAAAGGCCGUGGUCGCUUC